AUGGCCGACGCCCCCGUCUCCCCACUCAAACCCCACGACACCACCGAAACGACCCCCGAGCAUAUACAAGAAACAGGCCGAGUAAGCCCCCUCGGCACCGAAACACCCGCUCCUCCAAAAUCCUCCACCCCCAAACCGCGCGUCUCCUUCCAAGAACAAGACCAACACCUCGACGCACCCCCGCCAAAACCUCCCCGGCCCGCCAGUCCCAUGGACCAAAGCGAACACACCCUAAUCGAAGCCUUCCCAACCAUCGACGCGAAAGUCGUCCGCGCCGUUCUGCACGCCAGCGGCGGCCGCCUCGAACCCGCCUUCGAAGCACUGCUAGGCAUGUCCGACCCAAACUUUGUACCGGAAGAGUCUGCACCACCGCCUCCGCAGCCGCCGAGACCGCAGACUCAGACUCAGCGACAACCGAAGAAUCAGUUGGAAGCGGAUGAGAUGUACGCAAGACAGCUGGCAGAGCAGUAUAACACUCACUCCGACCCAUAUCAGCAGCAGAGGGGCCAGACGCGGUAUAAUCAGCGCGAACCUGGGCAGCGGCGGCCGAAUCAGCAGAAGCCAGUAUACAAUGAGGAUGAUCGUGAGCAUAGUUUCUUUGACGAUGACCUACCGGAGAUAGGAAGGAAUAUCCAACAGGGCUUUUUCGAGACGCAGAAGAAGGUCAAUAGCUGGAUUUCCAACUUCCGGAAACGGCUCGAUGGGGAUGAUGCGGAUGAGGAGGACGAGGAUUUGUAUUCUGCGUCCCAGCCUUCUUCGAGGCAGAACACCAACCGCUGGGCUCAAGGCGGUGGAGGAGUGGAAGGCAGACAAAACUUCGGCCCCUCGCAAAGUGAGCAACUACGAGGGAUCCAGCGGGCGGCGGAACAGAGGCAGCAACAGCAACAACGCUCAGCUCGACAGAGUACAGAAGCGGCCCGGUAUGACGCCGACCCGCACCAGAUAGGAGACGAUGAGUUCGAAAGACUCGAAUUGAGGGACAACGACGAUGAUGAGGUGGAGGAACUCCCGCCGGCGCAGCCACCGAGACGGACGUCCAGUCGUCUGCCGGCGAAAGCGGAUUUGUUCAAACCGCAGCCGAAACCGCCACAGUCUGGGCCGGUGGAUGAAGUGGAUGCGGGGGAGCGGGGUGGGAAGGGGAAGAAGUGGCAAUCGCUUACCUCCAUCCAGCCGCAGGUGGUGGAGGAUGAUGCUGAUCCGUUUGCGUUGGGGGAUGAUGAGGAGGAUGUUGCGACGACGACGGCGGAGGGCAAGGGGAAGGGGGUGGAAGUUGGGAAGGAAGAAGUGAGGCAGGAGGAUACGGAGAGGUUAAAGAAGUCUGCGAGUACUAGUGUGAGUGAGGGGAAGAGCGGUGGUGGUGCCGCGGAGGGAGAGGGAGAUAGGAAGGGGAAGGGAAAGGCGUUAGAGGAGAGUGGGAGGAGUGGGAGUGUGGACUUGGAGGCUAAGGAGCUUUUGGCUGGGAAGGGGCCUGAGAAGGAGUAG